AUGUCAAAAAUGCCGACUCGUCAACUGGGUAAAAAUGGUCCUGAAGUCUCGUCGAUGGGUUAUGGAGCGAUGGGUUUAUCGGCAUUUUAUGGAAGUUGUGCGUCGGAUGAAGAACGAUUCAAAGUUCUUGAUCGAGCAAUUGAACUUGGUUCGAAUUUUAUUGAUACUGCUGAUGUUUAUGGAGAUAGUGAAGAACUUAUUGGAAAAUAUUUGAAAAAAUAUCCCGAACAAAGAAAAAAAAUAUUUCUUGCAACAAAAUUUGGUUUUGUUACUUCUCCAGAUGGAAAAUUUUCAGUACGUGGUGAUGCUGAAUAUGUUCGUCAAGCAAAUGAACGAAGUUUAAAACGUCUUGGUCUUGAUUCAAUUGAUCUUUAUUAUGCACAUAGAAUUGAUAAAAAUGUUCCGAUUGAAGAAACAAUAAAAGCUAUGAAAGAAUUAAUUGAUAAUGGAAAAAUCAAAUAUAUUGGUUUAUCUGAAUGUUCAAGUGAUACACUUCGACGAGCAUAUUCUAUUCAUCCAAUAUCUUGUGUACAAAUUGAAUAUUCACCAUUUAGUUUAGAUAUUGAACGAGAUGAUAUUGCUCUUUUAAAUACAUGUAGACAACUUGGUGUUGCUAUUGUUUGUUAUUCACCUUUAGGUCGAGGAUUUUUUACUGGACAAAUAAAAAGUCCAGAUGAUUUCGAAGAAAAUGAUUUUCGAAAAAAUUUACCAAGAUUUUCAAAAGAAAAUUUUCAAAAAAAUCUUCAAUUAGUUGAAGAUUUAAAAGAAAUAGCAAAGAAAAAAAAUUGUACACCUGGUCAAUUAACAUUAGCAUGGAUUCUUGCUCAAGGUAAUGAUUUUAUUCCAAUACCUGGAACAUCAAAAAUAAAAAAUUUAGAAGAAAAUAUUGGAGCUAUUCAUAUUCAUUUAACUAAUCAAGAAGUUAAACAAAUUCGUCAAGCUUGUGAAAAAGCUAAUGUCUUUGGUGAACGUUAUGCAUCGGGAUUUAUCGAUGAUUUAUUUGCUGAUUCACCUCCAAUCAAGACAUAA